GUCUGUAAGAGACUAGAAGGACUGCUUGAACGCGGCAACUGCUCAACUACGUGCUCAAGGUGUAAACUGAGUGCCUCUAGGUUUCGUCGGCAGCUGGAAAGGUACGGGAGCCCGCCACUUUCGUCAAGAGAGACAGCCCACACGUCGUAUUCUCCGCGAUCUCUCGAGAAAAACACGACCACUUGAAUCAUAAUGGCGAUGUUCCCUCAGUUCGGAGCUAUGCCAGGAGCACCGGCGGCAAGCGGAUCGGCGCCUCUGCUGAGCUUCAAGGCCGGCAAGAUGGACGUCUCCGACAAGGGGGGAGACAAGUUCCACAUCACCCCCGACCUCCGCAAAGGAACCAUCAGUCUGUUCAAGGGGCCCGAUGACCAACUGAUGCACUUCGCGUGGAAGGAGAGGCCAAGCGGGACCGUCGUAGAUGACAUCAUCAUUCUCCCCGAGGAGGCAGUGUACAAGAAGGUCGACACCGGGCGAGAGGGCGAGAGGGUGUACCUCAUGGAGAUCGCCGGCAACCGGCGCUUCUUCUACUGGAUGCAGGACAAAGACUCGGACAAGGAUGAGGAGAAUAUGAAGAAGGUGAACGAGCUGACCAACUCGCCUCCAGCGGACGACGCACCUUCCGCGAGGGGUGGCGCCGGCACAGACAUGAUGGGCCUCCUUUCGAGCAUGGGAGGAGGGGCAGGCGCCUCCGGGUUGGGAGCACCUGGCGGGUCUUCGGGCUCCGGCGGCAACCCUAGCGAGCAAGGUCUAAACAUCCAGAACUUGCAGAGCAUCCUCCAGAACAUGGGCUUCUCCCCUCAGGAGCAGGCGCAGGCGGCAGGCGCCCUCCCCCCCGCCGCAGCAGGCGCGGGUGCUACCACGCCUGCCCCCACGCCAGCGGCAGACUCGGCAGCGUCAGCAGCCCCGGCGACAACAGCCGCAGAGGCGGCGCCGGCAGCGGAAGCGGCGGCGGCGGCGGCGGCGGCGACACCAGCAGCGGCGGCAGCGGCUGGGGACUCCGGGGGGGCGGGGUCAGGUGAGACCAGCCCCUCCGGGGGGCAGGGGGGGACGGGAAGCUCGGCGGAAGCAGAGGGCGAAGAGGGAGAUGGUUCCGCCGCCGAGGAAGGGCCGGGGGGCCAGGGCCAGGAGUAGAGGGGAGGGUACCCUGGGAGGGGGGGGGGAGGGGCUCGCAGAGGCAGCACGUGUUCGUCCGUCUGUUCGUCUGUGUUGGUGCGGGCGAUUGGAUUAUGUCUCGUGUUGGGCAUCCUUGUCUCUGCGCGAGUGCUUCACACGCGUCCGUGGGGGGCGGUUUCACUUCCCCGGCGAGAGCUUUGCAAGAACACGAGCCUCUCCGGUUUGGAAGAGACCGAAAGAUGGUGGAUUGUUCGGACAGAGCCCCACACGGCCGAAAAUCUAUCUGUGCUCAGUGAGGCAGUUCUGUGAAAACGGGCUGACAAGCUCGGUUUGUAGUUUGUAAAAUCUUGUCCAUCUUGAGAAGCAACAAGAAGCAUGUUCAUUCGCUCUGAUGAAGACAUGCUGAACGUUUACGAGAGAGUUGGCCUCGUACUUUUAAAUGUUUUUGUAAAGUAUCGCUGAAUCCUUAGCGGGUGGGAGCGUGCGUUGGUCAUGAAGCAUGCCAAAAUCCGACUGCGAAAGUCGUUGUCGUUGAGGAUGGUCGGGCAGACCGGGUCCCGCCGAGCGGUGCCGUGCUCGUUUUUAGGGCAUGCUCGCAAGUUCUGUGGUGAUGAGGUUGUCGGGUGCAGCAAGGAAGUGCCCCGCCUAGGUUUGGCUUGUGCGAUUCUGGAUCGUGUACGUUCGGAGUCUGAUCUAGUGUUGGGUCUGUUUUUGUCGAAGUCUUGAGAACAAGUGCGCGGAUGGAAAAUAUCGAUAAAAGAAAGCGACGAAGAUGAAAAGAAUACAACGUACACGCCGCUUUUGGAAAUUCACGCUCCUGGCA